UUUCACUGCAAGCCCGUACCUCGGGCUAAAGUAACCACGCUAAGAGAAAGACGAGACAUGUAGUGACAGCCGCGAACACUUUUCCUCCUCAAAACAUCCGGUCCACCAGCUGACUUCCAAAACCACUCUCAAAUGGCGGGGGUGAAAUAUACACAGACCGUAAAGGGUCCCCGAGGCCAGUUAUUUGUCAGCACCACGGACAGUCUCAGCGGCCAUCCAACAUUUUUGCCGCAAGUCUUGGCCUCAUUGGCCGUCUCUUUGGGCCCUUUGGCCGCUGGUCUUGGAAAAGGAUAUAGUUCGCCGGCUAUAGCGUCACUCACUCAAAGAACGCGUGACACUCCUGCCCCAUCAGACUCGUUUCCAACAGUUAGCGCACAACAAACGUCUUGGUUAGCUUCGCUGUCAUUGUUGGGCGCCCUUUUUGGCGCUCCAGUGGGCGGAGUUGCAGUAAGAUUUGGCCGCAAGAGGGCGCUGGUGUUAGCUGGACUGCCGCUUUCCUUCUGCUGGGCUAUCACUGCGUGGGCGGCUAGCGUUGAAGUCAUGUGUUUCGCCGCCUUUAUUAGCGGCUUUCUGGUGUCUAUCGUCCAACUCUCGGCCCAAGUCUACGUCAGCGAAAUAGCAGCACCAAGUAUCCGCGGAGGUUUGAGCGCCAUGCUAAAGGUUGCAGGUCAUGCAGGUGUCUUAGUGGCCUUCGCAGCUGGGGCUUUCUUGGACUGGAGGCGAUUGGCAGGCAUGAUAGCCUUCGCGCCAGCUGCUAUGUGCGUUUUGCUGCUGAGGGUGCCAGAAAGUCCAGGAUGGCUGGUGUUGAGCGGAAAAGACGGGGAUGCAGAAAAGGCUCUUAGGUGGUUUCGUGGUGAUACAGCCGAUUUACAGCUAGAACUAGGCGUCCUGCAAGCCCACGUUCUAUCCAGACCCAUUCCUGCAAGCCCAAAGGUCUUGAUACAAUCUUUGAAAACCCCAGUGAUGAUUGCAUGUGGUCUAAUGUUCUUUCAACGGUUCUCUGGAGUGAACGCUUUCAACUUCUACGUGGUCAGCGUCUUCCAAGAGACCUUUGGAGGUACAAAUCCUCAUAGUGCAGCAGUGGCAGUAGCAGUGGUCCAGUUGUUGUCAUCAGUGUUGUCUGGACUAUUGGUUGAUUCUGCAGGAAGACUGCCCCUUCUAGUAGCCUCGAGUGUGAUGAUGACUAUGGCACUAGCAUCCUUCGGCUCAUUUUCAUACUACAAAGAAACUAGCCCCCGGACGGGAACUCCACACCUAGACUGGAUCCCACUGCUAUGCGUCCUUUUGUUUACCGUAGCCUUUUCAUUGGGCAUAAGCCCAAUAUCCUGGCUGCUAGUGAGCGAGCUAUUUUCGCUCGAACACAGAGGGUUUGGCACUGCAUUAGCAACUGCAUUCAGCUAUCUGUGCGCGUUCAUCGGUGUCAAGACCUUCGUUGACUUCAAGGAGCUUCUGGGUCUGUAUGGGGCUUUCUGGUUGUACGCUUUCAUAAGCGUCUGCGGGCUGUGCUUCGUCGUCUGCUGCGUUCCAGAGACGAAAGGCCAGGAUCUCACCGAGAUUGACACGGGCAGGUGAUCAAACGCGAUCAGACAGAUCAAUAAAGUCUCCAUUAGUGUCGUAGAAAGAUAUUGCUAAAUUAAGUUUUGUUCGAACCAGAAGAGUUAGAUGAUAUUCAGUGAGUACGAAAUAUUGAAUUGUGUACGCAGCCAACUUUUUACAAAUUAUUGCACUUAUGUUUAUUUCUAAACUAUUCGUUUUAGGGAUCGCUAAAUUCUCGAGUAGAGAUG